AUGACUACCAAAUCUUCUUCAGUCUUUUUGAGAACCGCUCACGACGGCUCGAUAAAACACGCCGAACAUGAAUUGUACCACCCUCCAAAAAGAGUCCUCGAGAAGAGUCAUUUGCCCAGUAUGAGUCACUACAAACAAAUGUACGACCAAUCCGUGCAGAAUCCAGUCGCUUUCUGGUCUAAAAUUGCCCAACAAUUUUUUUGGGACUCGUUUGAGCCAAAUCAAGGCCUCGAAUGGAAUUUUGACUCCAGCAAAGGACCAAUAUCCAUCAACUGGUUCAAAGGUGCCAGAACCAACGUCUCCUACAACUGCUUGGAUCGACACAUCAAAAAUGGGAAUGGAGACAAAACUGUCUUCUACUGGUCUAAAGUCGUUUCCUGA